AUGAUCGACCCUUUCCACAUGUAUCUGGCGCGUCGUCCGAGCCUUCGGGCGUCCGAGACCAAGUCCAAAGCAGCAACACAAUCAGAAUCCAACUCGGCGUCCAAGAGCAGCUCCGUCGACUCCAAGUCGCAGCAGAGCUCGUACAACGGCGGUGAGAGCCUCUCGCCCGCCAGCACCACGUCCACAGACCACAUCACAAAGACCAGCCUCGCCGGCUCCUCGGGCAGCUCCACCAGCGCAGUGUCGCUCCAGCACAGGCUGCCCGAGUUCGAACACUUUCGACAGAGCUCGCCACUCAUGCCCGAGUUCUACCCGCGCACCUCCGAGUUCUUCAGCCAAGGUCGACGCCGCAGCAGCAUCGCCGUACCCGCAGACGCGUCCACCACGGCCUCUGGCCCGCCGCCCACCGCCGCCGCGUCCAAGAAGCCGGACACCUUCCACCUGCCACUCACGUUCGACGAAUCCGAUUCGCUUGUGGGCGAACAACUCCCUGUCCGUCUUGGGCUCGCACCACCCUCGCACUCGCACGGCUUGCCCGCAUCCGAGAUCACCUACAAGGCACGCGUGGGUCAUGGUCACUACUUCUACACGCCUCCGCCCAUAAGGAGAGGAUCCACCUCGUCCAAGUCGUCCACACGCGUGCAGAUGCAGCGCAGAAACACCGACACCGCCGAAUCGCCCAUCUCGGCCCAGGCAAAACCCACCCUGUCUUCGGUAGGCCUCCUCUCCUCCAGCCCAGUCUCGACGCUGAGCAGCGGCAUCGCGUCCGCGCACCGCGGUCGCGCCAGCAGCUCGGUGGAUGCCACGACCGCAUCCAGUGGCUCCAAUCCCGGCGCCACUUCGCCUCGCCCGCGCCUACCACCAACCUCGCCCGACUGCUGGCAUCCCGACGCCUACUUUAGCGUGUCGCGCGCGCGCGUCAAGGGCAAGAUGCGCGAGUAUGUCCACCACGCCUUCCCCACCUCGGUCGUGCCCUACUGGCACGGAUACAACGCCGAGACCAUCGAGGCCGAGAUGUCGACGCACCUCAACGUCCAAGCAGCGCUGCACGGCAAUACGCUGCGCGACUUCCCCGAGGGCUCGCGUCCGUGCCGCGUGCUCGACCUCGGCUGCGGACGCGGCGUGUGGUGCCUCGAGAUGGCGCGCGAGUGGAAGGCGUCCGAGUUCGUCGGCCUCGACAUCGUGCCCAUCCAGCCGCCGCUGCACCAGCUCGGCGACGCCGACCUCGAACACCGCGUCAGCUGGGUCGUCGCCAACUUCCUCGAGCCGCUCCCCUUCCCCGACGCCAGCUUCGACUACAUCCACAUCCGAUUCAUCCUCCAGGGCGUGCCCGAGGACAAGUGGGUCGACAUCUUCUCCGAGGCUCGCCGCAUCCUCGCGCCCGGCGGCGUGCUCGAGGUCGUCGAGGGCAACUACAGCUUCUUUGGCCACGCCAGCCUCGUCGACGUCAACGAGCUCAAGGACCUCGAGCACGGUCGCACCGCCAGCAAGAAGGGCGUCGGCGUCAAACUGCCUCGCCGCCUCAAGGUGCUCAACGACGCAUCCGACUCGGCCGAUGUCGACGCGAUCGAGAUCGUGCUGGAGCGAAUGAUGCAUCGCCGUUUCAUCAACCCCACGCCGCUCUCGGUCGUCCCCUCGGCGCUGCUGCUGCCCGGCUUCUCCAACGUGGCCAACGGCAAUCCGCGCCACAUCCCCGUGUAUGCCGAGUCCAAAGCACAGCGCGCACGCGCGCGCCAGGCGCGCGACGGCGCCAGCUCGUCCAACAACGCCACCUCGAGCGAGGACGAGGGCAAGCGCCAGGGCAAGUUCACCAGCCGCGGACAGAUCGGCAAGCCGCUCAACUCGCAGUUCGCCAUGACCGACGCCGACCUCUUCUGUGCGCUCGUCAUCCUGCAGCAGCUCGACCACAUCUCGUCCAGCCGCGAGCUCAUCUGGGCCGAGGCCGAGGACGAGAAGCGCAGCCUGCACGGCAUGGCGCAGCCCGAGCUGACGCGCAUGGACGCCAGCCGUCGGUUUGGCCACGGCAACCCGGCGGCGCUCAAGCCGUUUGCGCAUCCGUGGAAGAGCAAGGACCAGUUCUACCGCGCCAUGGAUGCGUGGAUCGACAGCGUGCGCGCCUCGGCCGACACGGAGAACAUGCUGCACAAGUACCUCGGCUGGGAGCAGGCGCACGAGGACCUUACCGUCGAGGGCCGCAAGUACGCCGAGCGCAGACGCAAGAUGAGCGUCACGCCCGCCGCGAUCCCGUCGCUGGGGCUCGAGUCGCUGAGGGCGGAUGCGGCGGUGGAGGCGGCGGCGGCGGCGCACGACGACCAGGAGCGCAAGGAGGCGCUCGAGGCGAUGCACGAGAUGGACAAGGCGCUGGGCGCGGAUGGCUCGAGCGCGUUUGCGGUCGCCACGACGCAUGCACACGAGGCGCCCGCACGGCUGCAGACGCACGACGACGACGACGGCGCCUCGACCAUCGUGGACAAGAAGAAGAAGCGGUCCAAGCGGCCGAGCAGCAGUGGCGGCGUGGGGUCGGGUGCAGCGGCGGGCGUGUCGACGGGGCGUGCACGUGCGUUUGGACGCGGAGGCGUGGGUGGCGGGGCGCCGCUGCCCGUGCCGCUGCCAGAUGCGCCGGCGUUCAUGGCGGGCUAUGCGUUUGCGCCGCCGGCCACCGACCCUGCUACGAUGUUCCGCGGCCCCGCGACCAAGGCGCGCGUCACUGGACGCAAGGGCUCGAGCGCCAAAUCGCACAGCGACCGCUCGUCCAUGUCGGGCAAAACCGAGAAGGAAGAUGCAAAGCCGCGUGCGCUCGAGCCAGGCGCAGUGCAGCCGGCACCGGCGAUCUCGCCGGCUGCCGAGUACGCCGCCAAGCAGAGAGUGUCGCAUGGGCUGGAGCACGAGUACCACAUGCAUCCGAGCGAGGCCGAUCGCGCACCUUCCCGACCCGUCAGCCCGACGUCGAGAUUGGCGCCCGAGCCAGCGCCCGCUCCUGUACAGACGGGCCUGGGGAGUCACCCGCCAGCUGCAGCGGCUGCGCAUGCCGUACCGGAUCGAUCGGUGAGUAUGCCCGCCACGCUGGCGCACAUGGUUCGCAUCGCCGAGCCGCCGCGUCCCAUGCCGCGCCAGUCGCGCUCCAGCUCGCGCUCCACCGCCACCGCCGUUGCCAUGAUCGGCUUCUACGACUGCACCGGAUUCCUCGCCACUGCCUAG